AGAGGAUAAAUAGUAGUUAGGCACUUGGUUCUGGUGAUAUACUGUACCUGUGGAGGUAUGGAAGUGUCUUGGAGAGAUGACAGUGGAGAUUUGGACUGGAUUUUUCGACAGGAUCUUAGGUGGGGAGAAGAUGCCUGAGGAAUGGAGAAGAAGUGUGACGGUGCCCAGAUGUGCAGAGUUGUGGCAUCUUCAUGGGAAUAAAUCUGAUGAGCCAUACAAUGAAGUUCUGGGAAAGAGUAGAUGGAGGAGAAGCUAGAGAAGUGGAGGUUUGCCCUGGAAAGAAGAGGAAUGAAGGUCAGCCACAGCAAGACUGAGUAGAUGUGUGUGAAUGAGAGGAACCCAAGUGUAAGAAGGAAGUUACAGGGAGAAGACAUGGAGAUAGUGGAGGAUUUGUUGUAUCAACAGUCCAGUCCUGGUCAACAGUCCAGAGUAAUGGAGAGUGGGGAGAAAGAAGUGAAGAAGCGAUUGGAGCAGAUUGGAAUGGCUGGAUAAAAACGUCAGCUGUGAUGUGUGAUAGAAGAGUUUCAGCUCAAAUUAAAGGAAAUAUACAACACUGGGGUGAGACCAGCCAUGUUUUUCGGGCUAGAGACAGUGGUACUGACGAAAAGACAGGAAGCAGAGCAGGUGGUAGCCAAGAUGAAGAGGCUGUGGUGCUCUUUGGGAGUGACCAGGAUGGAUAGGAUCAGGAAUGACCAUAUGAAUGAAGACAUUAAGGUAGCUGGUGUUAGGGUAGAGGAUGCAGAAGACAGGAUUCAAUAGAGGAAGCUGAUUUGCUGAGGCGAUCCCUGAAGGGUAAAGCCGAAAGAAAAAGAAGACUUCUUACUAUAACAUUAAUCAGUUGUUUAAUCUCAUUUUGUGUGAGAAAUCUUUUUUUUUCAAUGCAUGUAAUCCCUAUUAUUGACAACAUAACUAUCCUAUAUGCAUGUCAAAGGGCUGAGAUGAGUUUAACAGCUUGUUCUAUGUAGACAUUCCAGAAGACAGAGCAGAUAAGUUGUCCACUCAACCCUGCAGGCUGUAGUGGACGGGACUGCUGAGGCAGCAGGAUGAUAGAGCUUAGCUCCAGCUGGAGAGGAUAUAACCUGCCCAGAGCUUUUCCUGCAGGCGUUGGUUCUUCUGCGUCCUUUCAAGACUGCAAUCUGGGAGUCUUUAGUGCCCUCUGGUUGGCAUGCCAUAAUGGCAAUGCCUUCAGACUGUAAUGUGGAGACCGAACCAGGAUCUAGGAAGACCAGCAUGAACAUAGCAGUCAACAAUCUGGAAGAAGAUGUAAAACAGCCAUCAUCUGCAAGUCAUCGCCCAAAAUCCAUUAUGGUUGUUCAUUCCACACCAUCAGGGGACCAAAUUCAGUGUGAGACCUACUCGAUACAUACAGAGACAGACCAACCUCCAGUAAGAGGUCCUGAUUUAGCUAAGAAACGUCACAAAAGUACCACGGACCUUCCAUGUCCCAGCAGCAUUCGUUUGCUUCAACCCGCAGCCCCAGGUCCCACAGACAAUGAACAACCACUCUGGCGCCGGUCCUCAUUGAAAGAAACCAACAAUGUCUCACGGUUACGCCGCCAUGCUCUCAGUGUCCCCAACAUGGGCUCUUCUAGCCCACUUUGUUUCAUCAACAGCAGCCCUCUGCACAGCGCUCCCCUCUCACCAGCACACAGCAACCUAUCCAGCCCUGCUAGAGAGAUGGAGCGUCUUCCAAAAGCCCGAAGUCAACUCCUGGAAACUGAAAGCAACCAAACACCAACACUUCCCCCGGAAACUCGGGAGCAACUGCGCUACGUGUCUAAAGAUGGGAAGUGUCGGGUCAACCUGUGCAACAUCUCUGAGAGAGGGCGCUACUUGUCUGAUAUCUUUACGUCUUUUGUGGACCUUCAGUACCGCUGGUUUCUCUUUGUCUUCAUGAUGUGCUACAUCGUAACCUGGUUCUUGUUCGCUGGACUUUACUACAUGACUGCAUCCCUUCGGGGGGAGCUAGGACAGCAGCAGCCUUUUGAAAAGCUACAGACAAAUUCUGGUGACCAGAAACCCUGCUACUUUGGUUUGGAUGGUUUUAUUUCAGCUUUGCUCUUCUCUGUGGAGACCCAACGUACCAUUGGCUAUGGAUCACGCACCGUUUCUCCAUCCUGCUAUGAAGGUGUGCUGCUGGUAAUGAUGCAGUGUAUCGUUGGCUCUAUGAUCGAUGCCUUGAUGGUUGGGUGCAUGUUUGUCAAAAUAUCCCGUCCGAAAAAGCGGGCUGAAACCCUGCUUUUCAGCCGAACCUGCGUGAUUGCACACCGUGAUGACCAGCUGCGUCUCAUGUUUCGUCUGGGUGAUCUAAGAGAAAGCCACAUGGUGGACGCCAAAAUCCGGGCAAAGUUAAUCAAGUCUAGACAAACAGCCGAGGGCGAGUUCUUGCCUCUUGAGCAGACAGAGAUUGACCUUGGUUACGAAACCGGGUCAGAUAGACUUUUUCUGGUGGAGCCUCAAGUCAUCCAACACAAUAUUGAUACCAAGAGCCCUCUCUGGGAACUGGGUCCUGAUCAGCUUAAACGUCAACAGUUUGAGAUCAUUGUUAUCCUGGAAGGAAUUGUUGAGGCAACUGGGAUGAUGUGCCAAGCAAAGACAUCUUAUAUUGAAACAGAGAUAGAGUGGGGCGCUCGCUUUGAACCCUGCAUGACGCUGGAGAAAGGCUCAUUCAAGGUGGACCUGCGGCGCUUCCACUCAACCUACCAGGUACCGCUGCCCAACUGCAGUGCCAGCCAGGCACACCAGUUGUUAGCCAAAGCCCAAAGCCACAAACUGUACAGACACUGGGAGGCUUGGUCAGAGGGGAAAGCAAACACGGACAAAGACAAGUCCCCAUCUCACAGAGGAUUUACCAUUGGUGACAUCGAGGAGGAGGGGAUGUCUGAGGGAAAUGAGAGUGGAGAGAAGAGCGUGCCCUAGCAGGACCUCAGUUUUCAUCAUAGACGUUAUACCACACUCUAGGAAUGGUCUAAUUGUUACUAUAAAGACUAUUAAAAAAUAUGUUUUAAAAAUUACAUUAUUUGGAAACAUAUUUUUCUCACCGUUUAAAAAAAACAGCAACUCUGUCAUGUGGUUAGUUGAAACAGAAACAACCUCUCCAAUCCACACUGUGUUCAAACCGUCACUCAGACUUAGUACUUUGGUACAAUUUUUAUAAACUUUACUGUGUAAAAGUUUAAAGUUGGAUGUGUACUUGUACUUCCAUUUAACUAGUAUUGUUGUUUAACUCUUGGCUACUACUGAUUUGCUUCAAAGGAAUGGAUUUUCCUUCCCACUUAUUGGAGGUUAUGGUUAUUUUCAACACAAAAUCCAGUGUGGAGAUUAUUACAUGAAAGUUAUGAAAAUAAUGGCAGAAAGUGUAAUGUCUCAGUUUAACCAAAUGCAGUGGUAAAACCAUGAAGCCUCCUGUCAUCCAAAAACUACCCGUAUGCUGACAGAUGUAUGCUUUUGUAGACUCCACAGUGCCACUGGUGGUUGACUGAAAAUAGGCCUCGGUGCAAAAAACAGAAUUACACACAAAGUUAUAGAAAAAAUAAAAAACAAACUAAGAACAACACUGCCUCCUACACUGUCCCUAAAUGCUGAUUUAUAGAUUACCGUCCUGAAGGAAGUGCACAAAAUAAUUGCUUCAUGGAGGAACCAUGUAAUUAGUAAAAAAAACAAAUGUUAAAAAAAAAUUCGGACUUUUUAUUUUACUAAUUGCCAAAAGAAUAAAAAGAAUAAAAUCUUGAUUUUGAUAAAAGCUAAUAUUUUUAAGAAAAGUGAACAUUUAUAAGACUUUAAGAACAGCUGAUGAAUAAUAGGGCUUGUGUUUGAGAAUUGCCAGACAUUUUUCUCAACUUUUUCAUUUUCUCAGUUUUCUUUCUAUUAAAUAUUUCAAAGUGUGUAAAAAGGAAAUCUGAAACUUCCCCACAUUGGCUUCAUAUGUUAUAUGUGCAGCUUCAACUUUUGCAACCAACUUUGACUAUAAUUGCCAGCCUCUGUUUUUCAUUCUGUAAAUCUCAGGUGGUGCAAUUAGGAGAGAUUCUUCAGAUUAUACCGGGAUAAAGAGAUUACCCAGUCCGAUUGACUAUUCCUUUUAACCGGCA